ACUGCAAGAGUUCCUCCUCUUGUAAGUAGCAUGUCACCAACUAGAUGUGCUCCGAGUCGAAAACAUACCGUGAAGUUGACGAGUAGCUUCGCGGUGUGCAGCUUUAUUUGACUUUUAUUUUAUUCUUGAAGACUUCAUAUUUAUUAUUCAAUACUUAUUCAAUACGCAUUUAAAGACGCUUUCCACACCAAUCUAUUCGAGCCUAGCCUAAUCUCCGCGCUUUGCGUUGUUGAAAUGCCUUUCCUGUUCGAUGGAAGGGAUGAACGCGCUAACAGAAGAGUGAUGUGUGUUUUGCUGGCUGGGGUAGUUCUGGUGUUGUUCUCCGUUGGAGUUGCUGGUACCCCGGAGGAACAUAAACCCGUACAGGAACAAUUGCCCCAAGAGAAAGUCACCACAGUACACCCUAUAAGUGUAGUUGGAAGUGAAAAUGAUCCGAACAAAGGCAACCUGGGCUUCAUCCAUGCUUUUGUUGCGUCCUUCUCCGUCAUCAUCGUGUCGGAGCUGGGAGACAAGACGUUCUUCAUCGCAGCUAUCAUGGCCAUGCGGUACAACAGGUUCACCGUGCUCGUCGGGGCUAUGCUUGCUCUGAGCUUCAUGACCUGCCUCUCAGUGCUGUUUGGCUACGCCACCACCAUCAUCCCCAGGAUUUACACCUACUACGUGUCCACUGCCCUGUUUGCCAUCUUCGGGGUGCGCAUGCUCCGCGAGGGGCUGAAGAUGAGCCCAGACGAGGGCCAGGAGGAGCUGGAGGAGGUGCAGGCUGAGAUCAAGAAGAAGGAUGAGGAGCUCCAGAGGUCGAAGCAGCAGAACGGUAUGUCGGACGUGGAGAUGGGCGCCGGCGCCGGGGUGCAGCAGAGCCGCUGGCGUUACCUCAUCUCCCCCGUGUUCCUGCAGGCGCUCACCCUCACCUUCCUGGCCGAGUGGGGCGACCGCUCCCAGCUCACCACCAUCAUCCUGGCCGCCCGUGAGGACCCUUUUGGAGUGGCAGUGGGCGGUACCCUGGGACACUGCCUGUGCACCGGGCUGGCCGUGGUCGGAGGAAGGAUGAUCGCCCAGAAGAUCUCCGUCCGAACCGUUACGAUCAUCGGGGGCGUCGUCUUCCUGGGCUUCGCCUUCUCGGCACUCUUCAUCAAGCCGGACGCUGCACUCUGAGAAGCAGGACUCGACACUCAAUUUGUACAUACCUGUAAAAGUUGUUAGACUAGUCAGAGAGGCUGUUCUCUUUGUGAGCGAGUAUAUGUGACAGGGUACUGUGUGUGUGUGAGAGAGAAUGUUAGGCUGUGUGUGUGUGUGUGAGAGAAUGUUAGGCUGUGUGUGUGUGAGAGAAUGUUAGGCUGUGUAUGUGAGAAAUUUGAGGCUGUGUGUGUGUGUGCGCGUGUCUGUCUGUGGAUGCUGUCCUCUUGUCUUACUCAGUGUUUGAUCCCUCAGCUGUCUGAACCAAGAGCCAAGCAUACCUCUCCCCCUGUCAGGCCUUUCUCUACUGCCUCCCUCCCAGGACCACAUGCAUCCUGGCUCGUAGUGAUUUAAAAUAGCCCUCUGGAGGACCCGCCCCUUACCCAAGCCCUAUGUCCCUCCCUCCCCCCCACGCACCACCCUCCUCCCCGAGUCUGAACCCUCACCCCUCACCUCCGAGUCCAGGUUCCAGAGACCUGUGCAUCUCCGGUCCUCCCCAGCCAGUGCUCCUCUGUUUUCUCCCAUUAGCAUUCUGCUGCCAUGGCAACACAAAGCCACUUGUCCUGUGGACCUGAGGUGUCGAUAACACAAGCGGGGUUUACACCUCCAACCAUGACUCGCCUGGUUCAUAACUCUUAACGGUGACUCCGCUGGUUUGUAACUCCAUUCCUCAGGUCAGACUGCAGCUACACUUCCUCUGCACUGUCUGAGCAACACUGGUGUUCAAAUCAGGCAUCCUUUCCUUACGGUCACCUCCAGUAGAACAGGACACUUGGCAACAAAGAGAUUGUAAAAACCCUGAGCCACUAAGUUACAUCUUUUUAUUGAGCAUCAUUUCUAAUUUAUUUUACAACUCUUGGAGCACAGAUUAUGGUUCAUGGUUGUGCUGUAAUUGUUUUGUGUUUUUAGGCUACAGAGUGUAGGUGAGUGGGUAUAUUUUGUGGCCUGUGUACAUGGUAAUGCUACUGUCAAUAUUUGACAGGUUGUAUCGUAGAGACGAAAGUGCUAGUCACAUCGAUGUACCUUCGAUUCCUGAACGCCUGUCCUUCAGAGCUCAAUAAAGCCCUUCUCAUUCAGGCUGUUCUGAA